UUUCGCAUAUUUCCGUUUAAGAAGCGGGUGUUUAAGUACAUAAACCUGCAAGAGAACUCUGUGGGGAAAGCGCCCUUCUCCUCUAUGAUGCUACAUCCUGUUUACUGCUAUCUAUUGUACCUCAACGCCACUUGUUUUCUCUUCUGUUACAACAUAGGGGGAUAAAGAGUUCAUCUGAAAUGCCACAGGAUACAUUAUGAACAGCAUUGACCAUCUGAAAAAAUAAGGUACUUCUUUUUUCUUCCCUAUGUGAGUUGCAGGUCAACCAUAUUAACACCAUGUCUUGCCGGGACAUCCACGCCACCAACGCCUUUGCCUUCUUCAUUGCCUUUGUUUCUGUGGCCGGGAUGGCUGUUGCAGCCUUAAUCCCGCAGUGGCGCAUAACCAGACUGGUCACCUUCAAUCGCAAUGCCAAAAACAUCAGCGUUUACGACGGGCUCUGGGUGAAGUGCGUCAAGCAGGAUGGUUAUUCGGGAUGCUACUUCUAUGACUCAGAGUGGUACUCCAAAGUGGACCUACUUGACCUGAGGCUCCUGCAGUUCUGCUUGCCCGCAGGUUUAGUGUUCGGCUCUGUGGCCUUGCUACUAUGCAUGGCUGGCAUGUGUAAAACCUGCUGCUGCUCAGAAAAGCCUGAAGCGGACAUUAAAAGUAUUCGCUUCUUGGUGAACAGCGCGGGCUGCCACCUGGUGGCAGGGACAUUUCUCUUCCUGGGCGGAGCUAUUGCCAUAGCGCCCUCCGUGUGGUUCCUGUUCUGCACCAAGCAGCUGAACAACAGAUAUGACAACAUUUUUUCAGAUGGCUUUGCGGUGUACGUGUCCAUAGGCUGUUCUGUGGGGCUGAUGCUGUCCGCCCUGCUCAUGUUUAUGUGGUACUGCAUGUGCAAAAAGUUGCCCUCGCCCUUCUGGUUGCCGCUUCCCUCCAUGUCAACCUCGGCAUCCACUCAGCCGCUCACAGCUAACGGGUUCCCGCCUUCGCCAGUUUACGGUCCUCAGCCCUUCCCACAGCAUCAGGCCUAUCCUCCCACGGUGAUUGACACGCAGACAUAUGUUCCGGCACUGGGCUAUGUGCAGAGUGUGACCGCACCCACACCUCCACAAGUGUACAUGUCUCAGAUUUCUGCUCCAGAUGGGUACUGCCCAGAGGUAGGGGUCGGACAAGCAUACAGCUACGCACCCUCUCAGAGCUGCGCAUCCUCUCAAAACUACGCACCCACUCAGAGCUACGCACACACUCAAAGCUAUGCAGCAAGCUACGCUGGCCGCCGCUACUCUUCCCGCUCACGCAUGUCUGCUAUUGAGAUUGACAUUCCUGUGGUGACGCAGUAACACAAGUGAAUGAGAUGGUCAUAGAAGCAAGCAUCUGUUGAGAGCUUAUUUUUCAUGAAGGAUAACAUUUACUGUAGAACAAAGAGUCAAGUUGCCGUCAAAAAAAACACUAAAUUACAUGUCCACUUACUAGCAUUUUCCCUGUUUUCCCAAUAAGGAGCUGAAUAUAUAUAUAUAAUUAGUUUGGAUGCCAAAUUACUUCUCCUGUUACAUGAAGUGCCUAAGAUUCACAGGUUUGUCCAUGUAAAAAAGAUUUCUGCUACUACAGAACUCAUUUGGUGCAAAAUUAAUUGUUCAAUAAUGUGACUUUAACACACUAAUAUGAAGUAAUGCAAGUAACUGUGCCACUUGACAUUGUAGAAUUGAUUAUUUGAAUUUGUAUUUUGUUGUUACUGUAUUAUGAUCCCAACUAGCUGUCACACGCAUUAAGUUAUGACAAUGUACAUCAAGAUACACUGUAAAAGUAGUAGUUGUAUCACUGAAUGAAGAACAUUCCAAACUAGUUUUUUUUAAGAGCACACUACAGCAUUUAAUGACCUAACUGUCGGCCCUUUUUUUUUUCUUUUUUUUUUUUUUUAUAGUUUUUUUUUCGCAUUGAACACAAAAUGUAAUUGUGAUUUCGGUUCUUCAAGUGAACAAUGAGAACAGACUUUGAGUUGCCAGAGUUUUUAAAAGCAUUUGACUUUCAUAUGUGUGCCAUCUGACGACUGAAGUCACAGUCUAAAACCCUCACUAAAUGAGCCACGAGUCAAUUGAAUGCACUUUUUUGGUUCAUUGGUUUGUUAAGUAGCCUUGUUUAGGCCUACACACAUGCCCAUUUUGUAUUCACAUUUUUUUAUAACCUGUGCUUUUAUUAGAGUAUCAUUUCUUCAUGCACAGUAUUCUAGAAUAAUUUGUUAAAAUGUUCUUGUAAAGUUGUUUAUCAUUAAGUUUAUCUGUAACCUGUGUAGUUUUUAUUGUGGCACAAAUUUUGUCAUGUGAGAGAAAAUCCAAAAUAAUGACGUCACUGUCAAAACAUUGGGAUACCACACUUCGAUCUUUACCAAGAAGACAUAACUGAGACGAAAUUACACUUUACAAUAUUCCCACGAAUGAGUAUAAAUUGGUGAAAAUCUGGAUUAUUCGGAUAUAAUGACUUAUGCCAGUGGUUAUAGAAAUGUUAAAAAGAAAUAUAACAAAGCCGUAUUUUAAAAGACUUAAGAUUUGGCUAUUUUCAGUGAGUCGUAACUAACAUCUCUGCUUCAGUUGAAGUGAAUUACUAAAAAGCGUACAAGAGACACCAUCUUUCCUCAAACCUCAGCGUGAGCACAACUGCCCCACAGGGCUGUAUUUUGAGCCCCUUGCUUUUCAGUCUUUACACCUGUGAAUGUGUUCCCAACCACCCUAGCAAUUCCAUCAUCAAAUUUGCAGAUGAUACUACAGUGGUGGGGCUCAUCAUAGAAGGGGACGAGACUGCCUAUAGACGAGGUGAAGGCACUGUCAGACCAAUAUGCCAAAAACAACCUCAUUCUCAAUCCCACGAAGACCAAGGAGCUGAUUUUUGAUUUCAGAAAAAAAAUCACUGAACCCAUCCAGCCCAUCUACAUCAUGGGAGAGGAGGUGGAAAUGGUCUCAGAGUGCAAUUUCCUGAGCAUGAACAUCUCAAGCAACAUGACCUGGAAAAGCAACACCACUGCACUCCAGAAAAAACGUCAACAAAAACUAAUUUCUGAGAAGACUGAGGAAAAUAGAUCUUGCUGAUAACCUGCUCCUGUCCUUCUAUCGCUGCUCCGUUGAGUCACUACUGACCUACGGUAUCUCCGUGUGGUUUUCUAGCUGCACAUUGGCAGAGAGAAAGAAAUUACAGGGGUCAUAAACGUGGCCCACAAGAUCACUGCAUGUCUUCUUACAUCUCUAGAGGACUUGUAUAGAGACACUGCAACAGGAGAGCAAACAGCAUCCUCAGGGCCUCAUCCCACCCAGGUCACCACUUGCUGGAACUCUUGCCCUCAGGGAGGCGCAAUAAGACCAUCAAAGCAAGGACAAAUAGAUUGCAAAAUAGUUUCUAUCCCAGAGCUGUUAUUGCCCUAAACGCUGCACGUACCUGAACACUCACCACUUUAUUAACUUGCUUACCUCUGAUAGAGAUCUGCUGGACAAUAUGUUUUUAACAUGUUAUGUUUUUAAAUGUUAUUUUUUUUAAAUGAUUGUUGUCUUAAGAUUAUUUAAUGUAAGUUGUUUUAAUAGCAGAGCUUCACGGUGGCAGAGGGGUUAGUGCGUCUGCCUCACAAUACGAAGGUCCUCAGUAGUCCUGGGUUCAAUCCCGGGCUCGGGAUCUUUCUGUGUGGACUUUGCGUGUCUUCCCCGUGAAUGCGUGGGUUCCUUCCGGGUACUUAGGCUUCCUCCCACUUCCAAAGACAUGCACCUGUGGAUAGGUUGAUUGGCAACACUAAAUUGGCCCUAGUGUGUGAAUGUGAGUGUGAAUGUUGUCUUUCUAUCUGUGUUGGCCCUGCGAUCAGGUGGCGACUUGUCCAGGGUGUACCCCGCCGUAGACCCGAUUGUAGCUGAGAUAGGCACCAGUGCCCCCCGCGACCACAAAGGGAAUAAGCAGUAGGAAAAUGGAUGGAUGGGAUGGGUUUUAAAAGCACUGAGCUGGUUUGCUGUCCAAUUUCGUUGUUUCCAUACAUUGACAAUAAAGGUAUUCUGAUUCUGAA